AUGGCUCUUAAGAACACAUCUGUCCUUAUAUUCUCUCUUUCCUGUUUGCUUUCCUUCUCUGUCUUGGCAUCAUUCUCCAUCCCAGAUACCAGUUCACCCUCCAUCAUUCCACCCGAAACCAUUUGCGGAUCCACCGUAGACCCUACUUAUUGCAAAACCGUGCUUGCCAAUCAAAAUGGCAAUAUCUUCGACUAUGGUCGCAUUUCUUUCCAAAAGUCCUUGGUACAGGCCCGUAAGUUCUUUUACUUGGUGGAUUCGUAUCUUCAAGGUAGCUCGUAUUUGUCUCAAUACACUAUUGGUGCUCUUGAAGACUGUCGAUACCUUGCUGAACAAAAUUUUGAAUACUUAUCAAACAUUUAUGCCACUGCAAGCCAAGCUAGUGGUGUUCUUCCCAUUUCUCAAGCUGAAGAUUUUGAAACCUAUCUCAGUGCUGUCUUGACUAACCAACAAACAUGUUUAGAAGGGCUACAGAGUACAACUUCAGAUGCAAGAGUGAAGGAUGACGUAUUGCCAUCCCUAUCUGAUGAUACGAAGCUUCACAGUGUCACUUUGGCUUUGUUUGUAAAGGGUUGGGUGCCUGAGAAGAAAAUCAUGACAUCAUGGCCCCAAAAUGGAAGAAAUUUGAAUUUCAAAAAUGGUCGCCUCCCAUUGACCAUGUCAGACCGAGCACGUGCUAUUUAUGAUUCUGCUAGCCACCAUGGGAGGAAACUACUACAAACAGAUAAAAGUGAUGAAAGUGUUGUGGUUAGUAACAUCGUGGUUGUGAGUCAAGAUGGAACCGGAGACUUUACCACUAUCAACGAUGCAAUAGCAGCUGCACCGGACAAUAGUUCUGCUGAUAAUGGCUACUUCCUUGUUUUAAUCACGGAGGGAGUGUACCAAGAAUAUGUAUCCAUUGACAAAAACAAGAAGUAUUUGAUGCUAGUUGGAUAUGGAAUCAAUCGUACAAUCAUCACGGGGAAUCACAGUGUUGGAGAUAAUUUUACAACAUUCAACUCAGCGACAGUAGCUGUGGUUGCUCAAGGUUUUGUAGCAGUUAACAUAACAUUCCGUAACACUGCUGGACCAAGCAAGGGUCAAGCAGUGGCAGUAAGAAGUGGAGCAGAUAUGUCCACCUUCUAUAGCUGCAGCUUUGAAGGGUAUCAAGAUACAUUGUAUACACAUUCUCUGAGGCAAUUUUACCGAGAAUGCGACAUAUAUGGCACCGUUGACUACAUAUUUGGUAACGCUGCUGUUGUUUUGCAAAACUGCAACAUAUAUUCUCGCCUCCCUCUCAGUGGACAAUUCAACACGAUCACAGCUCAAGGUAGAACUGACCCGAAUCAAAACACAGGCACUUCCAUACAGAAUGCCACCAUCAAAGCUGCUGAUGAUUUGGCUCCUAACGUUGGCACGGUGCAAACCUACCUUGGGAGACCAUGGAAGCAAUAUUCAAGGACAGUCAUCAUGCAGUCCUUUAUGGACAGUUUGAUAGACCCUGCUGGUUGGCAUGAAUGGAGUGGCGAUUUUGCAUUGAGUACCUUGUACUAUGCAGAAUAUGACAACACAGGACCUGCUUCUAACACUACGAACCGAGUGACUUGGCCGGGUUAUCACGUUAUCAGUGCCACAGAUGCAACCAAUUUCACCGUCUCAAACUUCUUGUACGGGGAUAAUUGGAUUCCUCAAACUGGUGUCCCAUACUUGAGUGGGUUAUAG